GGUAAAUUAGUUAAUAAUUAUUUUUUUUUCCAAAAACCCCUUCUCUCGUAGUAGAUUCAAAGCUCCAUAAAACUCUUUUGACCACCAAUCUAGGGUUCCUCGCUCGCUACCUUCUCUCAAACCUCUUCCGCUGUCGCCAAGUCUGAGCCUUUCUCAGUUCAGGCUUCACUGGUUGAUAACUAAGACGCCAAGGUCGAGUAAGAGAUAAAGGUUGUUCUGAUAACAUGGAGACUAAGAAUGAGAACUCUGAUGUUUCCCGGGCCGAGGAGAUGAAGAAUCAGGCCAACGAAGCUUUUAAAGGUCACAAGUUCUCUCAUGCGAUUGAUCUGUACACAAAAGCUAUAGAACUCAACGGCAACAACGCUGUGUACUGGGCAAACCGGGCGUUUGCUCACACAAAGCUGGAGGAAUAUGGCAGUGCCAUACAGGAUGCAUCAAAGGCCAUUGAAAUUGAUCCAAAAUACUCCAAGGGCUAUUACAGACGUGGUGCUGCUUAUCUCGCCAUGGGGAAGUUUAAGGAUGCCUUGAAGGACUUCCAACAGGUGAAAAGGAUUUGUCCUAAUGACCCUGACGCGGCAAGAAAGCUAAGAGAAUGUGAGAAAGCAGUGAUGAAAUUGAAAUUUGAAGAAGCAAUCUCUGCACCUGUUUCUGAAAGGCGCUCCGUUGCUGAGUCCAUUGACUACCACACAAUAGGGAACAAACCCAGAUCAUCAUCAUCUUUCUUGCCCACCAAAACGGCUUUAGCAGCAGUUGUUGCAGCAGUGAUGGUGGUGGCUUUCCGAGGAUUUGCCACAACUGAGAUACUCAUGGUGUUGGUUUCGGUGGUAUUAGGAACAUAUUGGUGGGGUAGCUUCAGUGGUAGUGGUAAGGUUGAGCCACAGUACUCUGGUGCUAGAAUUGAAGGAGAGGAAGUUACCUUGGAGUUUGUGAAGCAGAUGAUGGAGGACUUCAAGAACCAGAAAACAUUGCAUAAACGGUAUGCUUACCAGAUUGUCUUAAAGACGAGGCAAAUCUUGCAAGCACUGCCUUCUCUGGUUGAUAUCAGUGUACCUAACGGCAAGCAUUUCACAGUCUGCGGUGAUGUUCAUGGCCAGUUUUAUGAUCUCUUGAAUAUAUUUGAGCUUAAUGGCCUCCCUUCGGAGGAGAAUCCCUACCUGUUCAAUGGUGACUUCGUGGAUAGAGGAUCCUUUUCAGUUGAGAUCAUCCUCACCCUGUUUGCUUUCAAAUGCAUGGCUCCUUCAUCCAUAUAUCUUGCGAGAGGGAAUCAUGAGAGCAAGAGCAUGAACAAGAUAUAUGGUUUCGAGGGUGAGGUUCGGUCCAAGUUGAGUGAGAAAUUCGUGGAUCUCUUUGCCGAGGUGUUCUGUUAUCUACCGUUGGCUCAUGUUAUAAACGAGAAGAUAUUUGUUGUCCAUGGAGGCCUCUUCAGUGUUGAUGGCGUGAAACUCUCAGACAUUAGAGCAAUUGACCGAUUCUGCGAGCCUCCUGAAGAAGGAUUGAUGUGUGAGCUGUUGUGGAGUGAUCCUCAACCACUCCCUGGAAGAGGUCCAAGCAAGCGAGGAGUUGGUUUGUCGUUUGGUGGUGAUGUAACGAAGAGGUUUUUGGAAGACAACAAUCUAGAUUUGGUGGUCCGUUCACAUGAAGUAAAGGAUGAAGGAUACGAGGUUGAUCAUGAUGGUAAGCUCAUCACUGUCUUCUCUGCGCCAAACUACUGUGACCAGAUGGGUAACAAGGGAGCAUACAUUCGCUUUGAAGCUCCAGAUAUGAAGCCAAACAUUGUUACAUUCUCAGCAGUGCCUCACCCGGAUGUGAAGCCAAUGGCAUAUGCGAACAAUUUUAUGAGGAUGUUCAACUAACUAAACAGAAAGCUUCUUCAACGGAUAUGCUAAGCCUAAAGACUCAAAAGACCAAAAGUGUUUCAGAAAACAUAACUAUAUAAGGGUUUUAUUUUUUGCUUUUCUAUUAUCUUUUGCAGUUUUUUUUUUUCAUGUUGGUCCAAAACAGAGGAGCACAUGAUAACUAAUAGGUACAGUAUCCAGAUUUGAUCGGUUUUCUUCUUUUUUGGUAAAGAUGUUCCCUCUUUCUCUAAAGCUUUAUCCAGUGACUUUUGUCCCUUUUGUCUUGUGUUGUAAGAUGGGGUUAAUGGAUCAUUCUUAUUUUUA